AUGAACAUUACACCAGUUUCAAAAAAUACAACUGAACCUUUAGCUUGCAUUGAAAAUAUUGAUAAUCAUAUUUAUGAUUAUAGUCCUUCUAACGAAGAACCUAAGUAUUUGAAAAGGAGUAAGUCUGAAUCUACAACUAAAUUAUCUAGGCAAUUGCCAAGGACCCCGUCAAAUAAAUAUCAUGCAAGAAACAAACGAAGACCUUAUUCAACCACCCCACCAAUAAGCUUGAACAUACCAUCAAGUCCGUUCAUACACCUGGAAUUUUCUUUGAAUUCAUCUAGCUCUGAAUCUUCUGAUUUGGAAUCAUUGCCAGAUUUGUCUGAGGAUAGAGAUACGCCAUUUUCAUCUCCCAUAAACAGAAACCCAUUAACUCCUAAUAAUUCUUUCUUUUCAUUUACAAAGAAGAAUGGACCAAUAGAAUGUUUACUACCAAAACGCACACAGAUAAGUAUCUUCGAAAUUCCAGAAAUUGUCUACAAGAUAGUUGAAUUUGCUGACAUACAAAACACUGCUGUUCCUCAGGAGGGCACACCAAUAAGAAGAAAGCCUCUAUCAAGUAAUCAUGCUCUUUUAAUUUACGGAGAUAAAAAGCAAGCAGAAUUAUCACUACAAGAUCAUUACGAUGAGCAUAAUAACGAUGGAAUGUUAUUUAACUGUUUGCAAGUUAAUAAGCUUUUUAAUCAAGUUACAACCGAAAUCAUCAGCCAAAAAUUCUUCUUUAGUGAUGAAAUGAAACUUCAUAGUUUUCUUCAAAAUUUAAAAAUAACCCAAAUAAAAUCAAAACCUUCAUUAUUUGUGUUCCACAAAUUGUUUCAUGCUAAACAAGAUAUAAUUGAGCUAAUCAAGAGUCAUAUGGACUUCUCAAACUUACAAUGGCUUGAGUUUUACAUGUGCCCUAAACUUUUGCCGACUCCAGAAUUUUUGCUGUGUGGUACUAAAAUUAAGAAAAUAGUUAUCACUGGAUCAAAGGUAAUUGACGAUGGAUUUUUAUCUAUGGUAGCUAAAAAAUGUCCGAACUUAGAAGUAUUAGAUAUUCGUGCCUGUGAGUUAAUUUCUGAUUCUGGAAUCUAUCAGAUAGCUAAACGGUGUACAAAAUUAACCACUGUCAAUUUCGGUAGAAAGAAUAAAGGAAAUUUAAUUACUGAUUCCAGCAUUUGCAUAUUGAUCCGUAACAAUCCUAAUUUGAAAACAGUAGGUUUAGCUGGAUGUCAUAUUACGGACAAAACUUUAUGGGACCUUGCUAUCAGAUGCAGUGAUCAUUUGCAAAGAUUAUCUUUGAACAAUUGCCCUCACAUAACUAACCAAUCAAUACCUUUGAUCCUCCAUAGCAAUUUAUUCAAAAACAUAUCCGUCUUAGAGUUACGUUUUGCUAACCAAAUCACAAAUUUCAAACCAAUAAUUGAAUUCAAGAGAAGGCAAGAGUUCAGGGGCAUCUCAAUCUUGAUUGAAGUAUGCGAGAGCUUAUGUUUGAUGAUGAGAGAGCAAGAAUUAGAAAUGGACAAAGUAAUUUCGCAACGAAUUUUUGAAGAUAUAUCGUAUUGGGCAAACGACAAUAACGAUGGAGACGUACCAUAUCAACUGUUUAUAAAUUCGAGAAGACAUAAGUAA